AAAACACUUCUUCAGCUUAGUCGCAUUCUAUCCCCAUGGGAAAUUGUGUGGCUUUUCAAUUUUCUUGUGAUCAAUCGGUAAACCGUAUCAUUCGAUGCUUACGUGGUAAAGGUUUUAUUCGAAACCUCGAGGAGAAUCUCAAGGAUCUGCAGAGAGAAAGGGACGAUCUCAAAGCAAUUCAACAACAGGUGAAGAACAGGGUUGCACGAGAGGAGACACAACAUCGACAAAGACUUGAAUCUGUCAAGUUAUGGCUUACACGUGUCGAGAGCAUCGAUACAAAGAUCAAUAAUGUGGUUAGUACCAAUACCACUCAACGUCAAAAUCUGUGCUUCUUUGGUUUAUGCUCAAAAAAUGUGUGUUCGACCUACAAAUAUGGGAAACGUGUAUACUUGUUGUUGGAAGAGGUUAAGAAACUAAAAUCAGAUGCUACUAAUUUUGGAGAGGUUACUGAGAUGACUCCGAGACCUGAAGUCAUGGAGAGGCCUACAUGGCGUACGGUUGGCCAGGAAGAAAUGCUCGACGAGGCAUGGAAGCGACUUAUGGAUGAUAAAGUUGGAAUCAUGGGUUUGCACGGUAUGGGUGGUGUAGGGAAAACUACUCUUUUCCAGAGAAUUCACAAUAAGUUCUCUGAAAUAGUUGGAAAGUUUGACAUGGUGAUAUGGGUAGUAGUGUCUCAAGGCGCAACUAUUUCAAAGCUUCAAGAAGAUAUUGCAGAGAAGCUACACCUCUGUGGCUCUCAAUGGACAAACAAAAAUGGAAGUGAUAAAGCCGCAGAGAUACACACAGUUUUAAAAAGGAAGAGAUUUGUGCUGAUGCUAGAUGAUGUAUGGGAGAAAGUGGAUUUAGAAGCCAUCGGAGUUCCGGAACCCACCAGAGAAAAUGGAUGCAAAGUGGCAUUCACCACCCGUUCUGAGGAUGUAUGUAAGAGGAUGGGGGAUCAUGAACCGAUGCAAGUCAAGUGUUUGAACAAAGAUCAAGCAUGGGAACUGUUUAAACGCAAGAUUGGAGAUGAAAAGUUAAGAAGAGAGCCCCGCAUUGUCGAGCAUGCUAAAAAGGUUGCUGAUAAAUGUGAUGGUCUGCCACUAGCGCUCAGUGUCAUUGGCGAUACAAUGGCAUCUAAAACUACAGUACAAGAAUGGGAGAAUGCAGUCAAUGUUUUGACUAGAAACGCUGCAAAAUUUUAUGACAUGGAAAAUAAAAUUCUUCCAAUUCUGAAGUUCAGCUACGAUAACUUGAAAGAUGAACAGAUCAAGUCAUGUUUCCUCUAUUGUGCUCUGUUUCCAGAAGAUUGGCGAAUAGGAAAAGAAGGGUUGAUAGAGUAUUGGAUAUGCGAAGGAUUCAUCGGGGAGAACCAAGAUUUAAGAACAGCAAGUAAUGAGGGUUAUGAUGUAACCGGUAACCUUAUCCGUGCAAAUUUACUGACAGAAGUUAAUACAGAUACUGUUGUGAUGCAUGACGUAGUUCGUGAGAUGGCUCUAUGGAUUGCAUCUGAUUUGGGGCAAAAAAAAGAGAAUUUUGUUGUUCAAGCUGGAGUCGGAUUACGAGAAAUACCAAAAGUCAAAGAUUGGGGAGCUGUGAGAAGGAUAUCACUAAUACGUAAUAGGAUUGAAGAGAUGACUUGCAGUUGCAAGUGUUAUGAACUUACGACUCUACUCCUCCAGAAUAAUAGUUUGAAGAUUCUCUCAGGUGAAUUUAUUCAAUAUAUGCAAAAGCUAGUUGUUUUGGAUCUAUCAAGUAACUUCAAGUUCAGUGGACUUCCAGAGCAGAUAUCGGAGCUGACCUCCUUGCAAUAUCUUGACUUGUCCCAUACACGUAUUUAUCAACUGCCUGUUGGUUUCCAGGAGUUAAAGAAGCUAACUCACCUGAAUUUGACUAGUAUAUUAGAACUUCGUAGUAUCAGUGGGAUAUCAAAGUUGUCGAGUUUAAGAAGUUUGAAGCUAUUUGGUACUAAUGUUGGAGGGGAUGUUAACUUAGUGAAGGAGCUGCAGCUUUUGGAGCAUCUACAAGUUCUAACCAUAUCUGUAUCUACACUGGCUUUGGAGCAACUAUUAGGAGAUCAAAGGUUGGUGAAGUGGAUCUAUCGUCUGCAUAUUCUCGGUUUUCAUCAAAAGCCAUUUAAUCUAUCGUUGCUGGUAAGCAUGGAGAAUCUUCGAGAUUUCCACUUAAUAAGUAUUCAUGUCUCUGAUACAAAGUGUGGAGGUAGUGAUAUAUACUCGUCUGGCUUACACAAUCCAACACGUCCAUGCUUUACCAGCCUCUCCAAAGUAACUAUAUCUAUGUGCAGAAGCAUUAAGGAUCUGACUUGGCUAUUGUUUGCUCCAAAUCUUGUCAAUUUGAUCAUUCAAGAAUCAAAUGAAGUAGAAGAAGUUAUAAACAAAGAGAAAGCAACAAAGCUUACUGGUAUUUCACUACCCUUUGAGAAACUACAAGAGUUAUACUUGUAUGAGUUGCCUAGUUUGGAGUGUAUCUACUGGUGUCCUCUUCCCUUUCCACUUUUGAGGUGCUUAAAGAUAAGAAACUGUCCAAAUCUGAGAAAGCUUCCCUUAAAUGCUACAAGUGUCUCACGAGUUGAGAAGCUUUCAAUAUCAAUCCUUCCUCUACAACAGAAAACUGAGCUUGAAUGGGAGGACGAAGAUACCAAAAAUCGUUUCUUGCCUUAUGUGUCAGAGUCAGGACCAAACAUCCAUUCCUCUGGAAUGGGAUUCCUCACUGUCUGAUUGAGAAUCCACGCUUCUUCGUCUUCUGAUGUUUGUCUUUCAAUUUCUUACUCUGGACUCGGAUUCCUCACUCCAUCUUACGUACAAGUGGAGUGUAUUGUAGCAUUCCUUUGCAUACUUAUCUUUGUAUCAUUGUUUUUUCUGUACAUACAUAUCUCUGUGGAGUGAGUUGUGUUGUUGACUUGGAUUAUGUUUUCCAUUUUCCUAUUUGUUUUACGUAAGAUGGAUUGUAUCUUUUUCAAAACAAUGGUUAUGCUUUUAGGAAAA